GUUUCACAAUCUACUUUGGCAAAGUAAGCCAUUUGGCCAUUUGUUUACGUACGGCGCUAUUUUAGUGAUGGACACAUGUUCCAACAAAGACAUCCUCCGUGCACAGAAUCCAUCCCAGUGUGGCAAGAAAAGUGAGUCAGUUAGCUAGCUAGUUAGCCGCAAAGGUAGGAAUCUGCGUUGAACUCCUCCUUACUGAACCCAUCAUUUCGAUUCGUCUCGGAGAAAACACUUUUAUUUAGGCCAUAGAACUGAAAAACUUUAAAAUAAAAAGUAUACGAACUUGUUUCCAACGAUCGAUUGAAAUGGCUAGCAUUGCUAGCUAGCCCAGUGGCUGGUUAGCUAAAGCUAACCGAGGUCCAUGAAGCAUCUCCUUCCCUGCAUCAGAAUUCAGUGAUAAGAUCAGGUAUAGUAUCCAGUCGAUUUCAUCGUGUCAACAGCUCUCUGACAAGAUGUCCAAUCUAUGCAGCUACCAAGAUGUUUCGGUUACUAGCUGCAUGGGCACCAGGACGAACAUGUUCUCAGUCUCCCAUAAGACGGUGUUUGUAGUGGACCACUGUCCCUACAUGGCAGAAUCCAGCAGGCAGCAGGUGGAGUGUGACAUCCUCACCAAGAGCCGAGGCCAAGGUGUGAUCCCCCUGGCCCCCAUUUCCAAAUCCCUGUGGACGUGUGCUGUGGAGUGUUCUAUGGAAUACUGCCGGAUUCUUUAUGAUGUUUAUCCCACUGCGAAGCUGGUAAACUAUGUUGUGAGCGACUCUGAAUUUCACAGUCUGAACAGCUGGAGACAAGAGGACCAGAGCACUCACGAGCUGAUGUCUGCGCUGGCAGCAGUAGGGCCACCUAACCCACAGGAGGACCCAGAGUGUUGCAGCAUCCUGCAUGGCCUCGUAGCCGCAGUGGAGUCCCUGUGCAGCAUUACAGAAUACCAGCAUGAGGCACGGACGAAUCUCAUGGAAACAGCCGAAAGGGUGGCCAACAGAGGCCGCAUUAUAUGCCUGACCAACGCCAAGAGUGAUACACAUGUGCGGAUGCUGGAGGAUUGUGUGCAGGAAACCUUACAGGAGCAAAACAAGCUGGCAGCUGGAUCUGACAGACUGAUGCCUAUCCAACAGUGUGAGCUGGUGUUAGUCCACGUGUACCCUCAAGGAGACGACACCUUAGUCUCAGACCGGCCGAAGAAGGAGAUCUCAUCUGUGUUGAUCAGCGAGGUGCACAGUGUGCGUGCAGGCCGCCACUUGGCCUCCAAACUCAACAUGCUUGUGCAGCAUCACUUUGACCUGGCCUCCACCACUAUCACAAACAUCCCCAUGAAGGAGGAGCAGCACGCCAACACGUCAGCCAAUUACGACGUGGAGCUUCUGCACCACCGGGACGCGCACAUAGAGUUCAUCAAAAGUGGGGAUCUCCACAUGGCGGGGAGCACCAGUCGGGACAGUGGGCUCAAGGAGACGGUCACUCUAAAAUGGUGCACGCCUCGCACCAACAGUGUAGAAUUGCAUUACUGCACAGGCGCCUAUCGGAUAUCACCUGUGGAUGUGAACAGUCGUCCCUCGUCCUGCUUAACUAACUUCCUCCUGAACGGUCGCUCCGUGCUUCUCGAGCAGCCCCGCAAGUCUGGGUCAAAGGUCAUCAGCCACAUGCUGAGCUGCCACGGCGGGGAGAUCUUCCUGCACGUGCUCAACAGCACUCGCUCUACGCUGGAGGACCCUCCGUCCAUCAGCGAGGGCUGUGGCGGCCGGGUCACAGAUUACCGCAUCACGGACUUUGGGGAGUUCAUGAGGGAAAACCGCCUGACUCCCUUCCCAGAAACCUCAAGCAGGGACGACUCCGAGAAGUGCCCGUCAGAGAGAGCCAAGGCCCAGCUAGAGCGACACACGCGCUACUGGCCCAUGAUCAUCUCCCAGACCACCAUCUUCAACAUGCAGGCAGUGGUGCCAUUGGCCAAUCUCAUUGUGAAAGAGUCGCUAACAGAGGAGGAUGUGCUGACUUGCCAAAAGACCGUCUACAAUCUAGUGGACAUGGAAAGGAAAAACGACCCACUGCCCAUUUCUACAGUAGGCUCCCGGGGGAAAGGGCCUAAGAGGGAUGAGCAGUACCGCAUCAUGUGGAACGAGCUGGAGACACUAGUGAAGGCCCACGUGAACGCCAGCGAGCGGCACCAGCGCGUCCUGGAGUGCAUCAGCGCCUGCCGCAGUAAGCCGGCCGAGGAGGAGGACCGGAAGAAGCGAGGGAGGAAGAGGGAGGACAAGGAGGACAAAGCCGACAAAAAUGGCAAGGAGGAUGACAAGUCAUGGCAGGACUCUGAAAGGCUGAAGGGGACACAAGACAAAGAGGAGCAGACAGAGGCGGAGGUGAUCAAGGACUCUCCUGACUCCCCGGAGCCUCUCAACAAGAAGCCCCGUCUCACAGAGGAGGUGCAGGUGCCAGAAAAAUCGAAAGGACCUGUCUCGCUGCUUACUAUGUGGACCAGUAGGAUCACCGUGGCAAACUCCAGGAAACACCAGGAGUUUGCCGGCAGAAUCUCCUCUGUUAACAACAAGGCUGAGUUGUACCAGAAUCUUAAAGAUGAGAAUGGAAUGGAUACACAUGAGAAUGGCAAAGCCACUAGAUGAUGUGCAGGAGCCUAGUGGAAGUCUCACCACAUCUUCAACACCACUUGAGGAACGACAUCACUGCUCUGAGGAUGUGACGUCACAAUGAGCUGUCACAUUAGCGUGAUGUGACAGGCUGGUACCCCUAUGUGCUUCACAAAGACUUUUGUAUACAGGGGAAAUGGCAGCGGACAAGGCAUUUUUAUUGUCUUAUUUGGUUAUUUUGUUUUUUAACCCAUGUGUUUGUAAAAUCAUAGAUUUCUGGGAAAGAAUAAACACCAUUGAGCAUUUGUACAGUUAUUCUUUACGUCUCCCCUUAGACGAAUGAGCCCCUUUAAACAUGAAAAUGCUUAAAACAUUUUAUUCAUAAAAUUAUCAUUUGAACCUUUUACUCCAACACAUAUGGAUGAAUAACGAUGGUCUCUGUAUCUCUGUAUAAUUAUAUUGAACCAAAUAAUGUAACAAAUCCAGUCUGUAUCAUGCUGUGAAAAGGGACAAUUCACACAAAAAAUAUGCCCACAUUUAUAUUAAAUUACUACAUUUUAAAUGUG